AUGGGGUCAACACCAUCUAUUCCAGAUACAAUCGAUCUCGAUGAUAUUAUUGCUAGCACGGGUUUAGCAAAAAACCAAAUAAGUGCAUUAUGGGUACGAUUUGAAGAAUUAGAUCAAGAUGUGAAUGGUGAAGGCAAAGGUUCAAAAGGUUAUUUAACUCUAGAUGAUCUCAGUCGUGUACCAAAAUUUGAUGAAAAUCCCAUGGCGUCACGUUUAAUGAAAGUUAUUUUUGAUGAUUUUGGAACGGAUGGUAAAUUAAAUUUUAAACACUUCGUUCAAUUUAUGAGUAUAUUUUCAAGACGUGAAUCAUCAUUACGUACAACAGCGGAUACUAGCAAAAAAAUAUUAAAAAACGAUGAAUCAGAUGUUAGCUAUUCUAUGCACGAUACAAAUGUUGCAAGAAAAAUUAAAUUUAUCUUUCGAAUGUACGAUAUUGAUCGUGAUGGCAAAAUUUCGAAAGAAGACGCACAAGAAACACUAAAAAUGAUGGUUGGUAAAAUUAGUGACGAAGAAGCAUCAAUCAUAGCUGAAAGAGUAAUUGGUGAAUUUACAGAUAAUAAUCCCAAUUCUACCGUUGAUUUAUCGACUUUUGAAAACACAUUAAAAAUACUUGACUUUAACGAAAAAAUGGGUUUAAAAUUAUUAAAAUAA